AAGGUGGAGAGAGACGCGUAGCAGGGAGCCGACCACCCCCUGGGCCCGGUCUGUCUGUCCGUGGUGGUUCUAAGUCUCCUCCAUAUCCUCUAUUGUAAUGGCACGAGGAAAGCUACUGCAGGUUUCCAGCCUAGCAAUUCUUUAUAGAACACAGGUGGCAUGUUUCCAUGCCUCCUUAGCCUCAAGAAACUAGAAUGAACCGAAGCAUUCCUGUGGAGGUUGAUGAAUCAGAACCAUACCCAAGUCAGUUGCUGAAACCAAUCCCAGAAUAUUCCCUGGAAGAGGAAUCAGAACCACCUGCUCCAAAUAUAAGGAACAUGGCACCUGAUAGCUUGUCUGCACCCCAAGCCCCUCACUAUUCCUCCGCAGACUUUUCUCAAGCUCACCCACCCCUGAAACUUGCAAAUCCCCAGCGGCCCGUGUCCCAGCAGUUCACCUGCCUGCGCACGAAAGUUCUGGAGGACAGUGAAGACAGCUUCUGCAGGAGACACCCAGACCCAGGCAAAGAUUUUCCCUCAGGCUGCUCUACAGCCAGCAAGCCUGCGUCUCAGUCUGUGGUUGGAGCUCUCCCUCCAGAGCAUCAGUUUUCAUUUGUGGAAAAACGUAAUCAAUCUCAGCUUUCAGCAGCUUCUCCUGACACUGGUCAUGACUCAAACAAAUCAGACCAAAGUUUACCUAAUGCCUCAGCAGACUCCUUGGGAAGUAGCCAAGAGAUGGUGCAACGGCCCCAGCCCCACAGGAACCGGGCAGCCCUGGAUCUGCCUACGACAGACACGGGGUAUGAUUCCCAGCCCCAGGAUGUCCUGGGCAUCAGGCAGCUGGAAAGGCCCCUGCCCCUCACCUCCAUGUGUUACCCCCAGGACCUCCCCAGACCUCUCAGGUCCUGGGAGUUCCAUCAGUUUGAACCUCAGAGGUAUCCAGCGUGUGCACAGGUGCUGCCUCCCAAUCCUCCCCCGCACGCUCCGUGGAACUAUCAUUACCAUUGUCCCGGAAAUCCCGAUCACCAGCCGCCAUAUGGCCAUGACUACCCUCGAGCAGCCUACCAGCAAGUGAUCCAGCCAGCUCUACCUGGGCAGCCUCUACCUGCAGCCAGCGUGAGAGGGCUGCACCCUGUGCAGAAGGUCGUCCUGAAUUAUCCCAGCCCGUGGGACCAAGAAAAGAGGCCUACACAAAGGGACUGCUCCUUUCCAGGGCUUCCAAGGUAUCAGGACCAGCUGUAUCACCAGCCACAUAAUAGAGCUGGAGCUCCUGAGGAGUCCUUGGAGUGUCCUGCAGAACUGAGACCACAGGGUCCCCAGGCUCUGUCCCCAGCUGCUGUGCCUAGACCCCCUAGUAACCCUCCAGCCAGAGGAACUCUGAAAACAAGCAAUUUGCCAGAAGAAUUGCGAAAAGUCUUUAUCACUUAUUCUUUGGACACGGCCAUGGAGGUGGUGAAGUUUGUGAACUUUUUGUUGGUAAAUGGCUUCCAAACUGCAAUUGACAUAUUUGAGGAUAGAAUCCGAGGCAUCGACAUCAUUAAAUGGAUGGAGCGCUACCUUAGGGAUAAGACGGUGAUGAUAAUCGUAGCAAUCAGCCCCAAAUACAAACAGGAUGUAGAAGGCGCAGAGUCGCAGCUGGACGAGGAUGAGCAUGGCCUACAUACUAAGUACAUUCAUCGAAUGAUGCAGAUUGAGUUCAUAAAACAAGGAAGCAUGAAUUUCAGAUUCAUCCCUGUGCUCUUCCCAAAUGCUAAGAAGGAGCACGUGCCCACCUGGCUUCAGAACACUCACGUCUACAGCUGGCCCCAGAAUAAAAACAACAUCCUGCUGCGGCUGCUCAGAGAGGAAGAGUAUGUGGCUCCUCCCCGGGGGCCUCUGCCCACCCUGCAGGUGGUGCCCUUGUGACAGCCUCCAUCUGCAGGUCACUGGGGCCAUGCCAUGUCUGGGGCCCUGUUCUGAUGAGCAUUAUUCUAGCCGAGGCUGGUGGGCAGCACUCCUGGCUGUUUGUUUCUCCGUCCCUCCCUGAGAGGCCCCUGGGCCCCCAGAAAACCUGUUCUGCAGAGUGUUCUUCCUCCCGACACCUCUACAGACCCCGUCUUUCAAGUGGAGGCUGUGGCUGCCCUGCAUUCCCUGCUUUUUACAAACCCACCGCGGUGCCAGUGUCCAACACGCGCCUCCUAGCAGUCUGAUGUCUCCAUUCGGGGCCUGCUGGGCUUAUCAAGUAGAGGGUAUAAGUGAUACUGCGCCAAAUGUAAAUACUACGGACACUGUCCUGUCACGUCAGGCUACUUUCAUGAGCUAGCCAGAUGCGUGUGUCCUCAGACCACACUGAUUCAUGUACAAAUAAUAAAAUGUUUACUCUUUU